CUCGCCUCCCUGCUGGACCACCUGCGGGAUGCCGAGGCCGCCGGCGCCGGGCCGGUGUCCUGCAGCGAGGUUGAGCCCGAGGACUGGAACCUGUGCACCGUGGUGGGGGUGCUGCUGGGGUACCCCGCGGUGUACACCUUCUCCGGGGAGGAGGGCGCCCAGAACUGCCUGGCACUGACACCACUGAGGGUGUUCACGGUCCAGGCCUCCUGCCCCAGGAUAAAGGACGGUCUCAGGGUCCAGAUUUACUCCUUCAGCAUCCCGGAGAGCCUCCACACGGAGCUGGGAGAGGUGCUGGAUGCCUGGCGUGAUGAGCUGAAGGAGGCAUUCAGUGCACAGAGUGACUUUGUGGAUCUCUGCAUUUCCAGCGAGGUCGUGUCUCUUCCAGCAGUUGCCUUGUAAAACAUGAGCAAACUUGGACUUUUUGGCCUUUUUUACAUCGAGGACCAAGGCAAAAGAUCCAGUUCCCCUGUGUGUGACCCACUGCAUCUCUUGGCCUCUGAGCACCAAAGGCUGAAUUGUGACAGUCUCAUGCUCCUGACCUCACGGGCCAGUGGCACAACAAAUGCGUGUGCUUUAAAGAAGACAAACAUGUGGAUGUGUGUGCUCACAGCUGCUCUGCAGCCUCGGUCCUGCCUGCAGAUUGUGCCCUGUAAGGGUGUAUUUAUUUGCUGUGAGCAGCUGAGGGUGAAUAAAAACUUUGAACACCACGGUA